AGCACAGCCCGGGCUGUGGUCCUGCGCGUCCUUCUCUGGGGAGGCCAGGUCCCAUGGAGCAAUAAAAGGCCCAGAGACCAGGCGGAGGGUGGGGUGGGUGCCAGCAGGCAGCACGGGCCAGGCUGAGCACAGGAGGCUAGAAGGGACAGGGAGAGGAGCGAGGUGCCGGCGCCUGGGGGUGGGAGCAGGAGGCGAGGCCUCGCAGGGGAAGCCAGCAGCUGGGACUGCAGCAAAUAUAAACAGCCCAGGCGAGCUGGCCCGCAGAGUGCGGCAUCAGGACUCUGCCGCCAGGUCUGUCCCCAGCCGGUCACAGCAGCGCAUCCGGACCCGGGCUGGACGCGGGCGGGCACACCACGCCCCGGUGACUCUGACCAGACACUCUGUCUCGGAUGCUCUUCCAGCCAGCCAUGCUGCUAGGCGGCCUCCUCCUCGUGCUGGCCGCAGUGACCGCAGCCCAGCGGAGGGGCCAGGCAGCCGGAGGGCGACGCCAGACCCACCGAGUCCAGCACGGUCAGUGCAGUUACACCUUCGUGCUGCCAGAGCCCGACCCCUGCCCGAUGGAGCCCGAGGCCUUCGGGGGCUCCAACAGCCUCCAGAGGGACUUGCCAGCUUCAGGGCUCCACCUGGGGGAGUGGCGAGCCCAGCGAGUGCGACAGCUGGAGAAGAUGCUGGAGAAUAACACGCAGUGGCUGCAGAAGCUAGAGCAAUCCAUCCAGAUGAACUUGAGAUCAGAGAUGGCACAGGCCCAGCAGCAUGUGGGCCAGAACCAGACGGCCGCCAUGCUCGAGCUGGGCACCAGCCUCGUGAACCAGACCACGGCGCAGACCCGCAAGCUCACCGCCAUGGAGGCUCAGGUCCUGAACCAGACAUCGCGCAUGGAGAUCCAGAUGCUGGAAACCUCGCUGUCCACCAACAAGCUAGAGAAGCAGCUCCUACUGCAGGGCCACUUGCUGCACCGGCUGCAGGGUCGCAACAGCGCGCUGGAGACUCGGCUGCAGGCCCUGGAAACGCAGCAGCAGGCCCAGAUGGCCAGCCUCCAGGACCAGCGGGAGCGGCUUCGAGGCCUCCUGAGUCACCAGAGCAGCGCGCUCGCCAGCCUCCAGCAUGGCCUGCGGGCUGCCAAUAGCAACUCCAGCUUCCUGCAGCAUCAGCAGCGCCAGCUGGUGGAGUUCAUGCAACGCCUGAUGCACAUCAUGACCCAGAACCAAGAUCAGAGCCACAGGCCGGCCUCCUUGAGGACACCUGAGAGGGUGUUCCAGGACUGUGCAGAGAUCCAGCACUCUGGGAUCAACGUCAGCGGUGUCUACACUAUCCAUGUGGCCAAUAUGACGGAACCUUUGAAGGUGUUCUGUGACAUGGAGGCCGAAGGAGGUGGCUGGACCCUCAUCCAGCGACGGCAGGACGGCAGCGUGAAUUUCCAACAGAACUGGAAGGGCUACAAAGAGGGCUUUGGUGACCCAGCUGGCGAGCACUGGCUAGGCAAUGAGGUGGUACACCAGCUGACCCAAAGGACGGCCUACUCUCUGCGCAUAGAGCUGCGGGACUGGGAAGGCCACGAGACCUCUGCCCAGUAUGAGCAUUUCCAACUGGGCAGCGAGGAGCAGAUGUACAGCCUCUCUCUGCGAGGAAACAAGGACUCUGCCACACAAAAGAACAGCCUGGCCCCACAGGGCACCAAGUUCAGCACCCGCGACACGGACAACGACAACUGUGUCUGCAAGUGUGCCCAGAUGAUGUCUGGAGGGUGGUGGUUCGACGCCUGCGGCCUCUCCAACCUCAACGGCAUCUACUACCCGGCUCGCCACCACAUGCGCAAGCUCAAUGGCAUCCGCUGGCACUACUUCCGGGGCCCCAGCUACUCGCUGCGUGCCACACGCAUGAUGCUGAGGCCGGUGGAUGACUGACACACCGAGCCGCAGAAUGUGGCCAAGCAGGAGGAGCCGUGACCGGGGUGCCCUGUGCGAGCUGGACCCAGCGCAGUACCCAGGGCUGGGGGACUUGUCCUCCACGCGCUGGGUCACCAGAGCCAACGCUCCUUGUCCCCCAAGUCCAAAGAGUCACUUGCCUUCUCAUGCCCCCUCCCCGAUUUGUGAGAUGCUGAGUCCUCGGGGCGCUGCCUCUACCACACUUUGUCCUCCCACAGGGACAAGACAGACUGAUGUUGGCUCCUCUGGGGAAUAUGGGGCUCAUGGUGGGGCGACAGUGGGUGAAGGGAGCCUGCGGGCAGGGAGCUCCCUCCUUCGGGAGGUCCAGGCUUCCUGGUCUUGAGAUGUCAGUGGACUUUCUUUACCAGCCUUGAUGGCGUUGCACUCAUCCCUCUCAUGGUGGCCAGCACUUCCCCUCCACGCUCCCCAGAUCCUACGAUCCAGUGUCCAGCACUCACAUCUGGUCUCUGAGGGGACUUGUGGAGGUCUAAGAAAGGAUUCCUUUACUCCCAGCGGGCCCCAAAGUGUGUUCCGUAGGUGAUCACAAGAGCUCCUUUCUCAAGUACCUAUGGUUAAGCGAGAGAAACACCAGGCUAAAUAAAAAGGAACAAGCAUUCUUAA